GGGCGGGGCGGGCGGCGCUGUGGGGCGCUCCGGGUGACAACUGCCCGCGAUGAAGGUGGCAGCGGCGCGGCGGCAGGUUGGGCCACACUGGGCACGGGCGGCUUCCGAGCUGCGCCUGUAAGACGUCGGGCCUGUGCAGCGGGAUGGGGGCGCGACGCUGCGACUGAGGCGGCGAGAGGAACUUGAGGCUGAGGGCUCGCCCGCUCUGCUCGGGCUCGGCGUCCUCCGCCUGCAGCCGCUCGGCCGCGUCUCGCGGGCCGCCACGGCGACUGCCGGGCAUGUGGCGCUGGGUCCGGCAGCAGCUGGGUUUUGACCCACCACAUCAGAGUGACACAAGAACUGUUUACAUAGCCAAUAGAUUUCCUCAGAAUGGCCUUUAUACACCUCAAAAAUUUAUAGAUAACCGGAUCAUUUCAUCUAAGUAUACUGUAUGGAACUUUGUUCCAAAAAACCUAUUUGAACAGUUCAGAAGAGUGGCAAACUUUUAUUUUCUUAUUAUAUUUUUGGUUCAGCUUAUGAUUGAUACACCUACCAGUCCAAUUACCAGUGGACUUCCAUUAUUCUUUGUGAUAACAGUAACCGCCAUAAAACAGGGAUAUGAAGAUUGGCUACGACAUAACUCAGACAGUGAAGUAAAUGGAGCGCCUGUGUAUGUUGUUCGAAGUGGCGGCCUUGUGAAAACUAGAUCACAGAACAUUCGAGUGGGUGAUAUUGUUCGAAUAGCCAAAGAUGAGAUUUUCCCUGCAGAUUUGGCGCUUCUGUCCUCAGACCGGCUUGACGGUUCGUGUCACGUUACAACUGCUAGUUUGGAUGGAGAAACGAAUCUGAAGACACAUGUGUCAGUUCCAGAAACAGCAGUAUUACAAACAGUUGCCAGCUUGGACAGUCUCGUAGCUGUGAUAGAAUGCCAACAGCCAGAAGCAGACUUGUACAGAUUCAUGGGACGAAUGAUAAUAACUCAACAAAUGGAAGAAAUUGUAAGACCUCUGGGACCAGAGAGUCUCUUGCUUCGUGGAGCCAGAUUAAAAAACACAAAAGAAAUUUUUGGUGUUGCUAUAUAUACUGGAAUGGAAACUAAGAUGGCAUUAAAUUACAAGAGCAAGUCACAGAAACGAUCUGCAGUAGAAAAAUCAAUGAACACAUUUUUGAUAAUUUAUUUAAUAAUCCUUAUUUCUGAGGCCAUCAUUAGUACUAUCUUGAAAUACACCUGGCAAGCUGAAGAAAAAUGGGAUGAACCUUGGUAUAACCAAAAAACAGAACAUCAAAGAAAUAGUAGUAAGAUUCUGAGAUUUAUUUCUGAUUUCCUUGCUUUUUUGGUACUCUACAAUUUCAUCAUCCCGAUUUCUUUAUAUGUGACAGUUGAAAUGCAGAAAUUUCUUGGAUCAUUUUUUAUUGGCUGGGAUCUUGAUCUCUAUCAUGAAGAAUCAGAUCAGAAAGCUCAAGUCAAUACUUCUGAUCUGAAUGAAGAGCUUGGACAGUUAGAGUAUCUGUUUACAGAUAAAAGUGGAACACUGACCGAAAAUGAGAUGCAGUUUUGGGAGUGUUCAGUUAAUGGCAUGAAAUACCAAGAAAUUAAUGGUAGACUUGUACUGGAAGGACCAACCCCAGACUCUGCAGAAGAAAGCUUAACUUACCUCAGAAGUUUAUCCCAUCUGAACAACUCAGCCCACCUCACAGCCAGUUCGUAUAGAACCAGUCCUGAAAGUGAAACUGAACUAAUCACAGAACAUGAUCUCUUCUUCAAAGCAGUCAGUCUCUGCCACACUGUACAGAUCAGCGAUGCUCAGACUGACGGCAUUGGUGAUGGUCCCUGGCAGUCUAGCCUGGCCCCCGCACAGCUGGAGUACUAUGCCUCCUCCCCAGAUGAAAAGGCUCUAGUAGAAGCUGCUGCAAGAGUUGGCAUUGUAUUUAUAGGCAAUUCUGAAGAAACUAUGGAGGUUAAAGUACUUGGAAAAUUGGAAAGAUACAAAUUGCUUCAUAUUCUGGAAUUUGAUUCAGAUCGUAGGAGAAUGAGUGUGAUUGUUCAGGCUCCUUCAGGUGAGAAGAUUUUAUUCGCUAAAGGAGCUGAAUCCUCAAUUCUCCCUAAAUGUAUAGGUGGAGAAAUAGGAAAAACCAGAAUUCAUGUAGAUGAAUUUGCUUUGAAAGGACUGCGGACUCUCUGUGUAGCCUACCGACAGUUUACAUCUGAAGAGUAUGAAGAAAUAGACAGGCGCCUCUUUGAAGCCAGGACUGCCUUGCAGCACCGGGAAGAGAAAUUGGCUGAUGUCUUUCAGUUCAUCGAGAAGGACCUAGUUUUGCUGGGAGCUACAGCAGUGGAGGACAGACUACAAGAUAAAGUUCGAGAAACUAUUGAAGCAUUGCGAAUGGCUGGUAUCAAAGUAUGGGUACUUACUGGAGAUAAGCAUGAAACAGCUGUUAGUGUGAGUUUAUCAUGUGGACAUUUUCAUAGAACCAUGAACAUCCUUGAACUUAUCAACCAGAAAUCAGACAACGAAUGUGCUGAACAGUUGAGGCAGCUUUCUAGAAGAAUGACAGAGGAUCAUGUGAUUCAGCAUGGGCUGGUAGUGGAUGGGACCAGCUUAUCUCUUGCACUCAGGGAGCAUGAAAAGCUAUUUAUGGACAUUUGCAGAAAUUGUUCAGCUGUAUUAUGCUGUCGUAUGGCACCACUACAGAAAGCUAAAGUCAUAAGACUGAUAAAAAUCUCACCUGAGAAACCAAUAACGUUGGCUGUUGGUGAUGGUGCUAAUGACGUGAGCAUGAUACAAGAGGCACACGUUGGCGUAGGAAUCAUGGGUAAAGAAGGAAGACAAGCUGCAAGAAAUAGUGACUAUGCAAUAGCACGAUUUAAAUUUCUCUCUAAAUUACUUUUUGUUCAUGGUCAUUUUUAUUAUAUUAGAAUAGCUACCCUUGUACAGUAUUUUUUUUAUAAGAAUGUGUGCUUUAUCACACCCCAGUUUUUGUAUCAGUUCUACUGUUUGUUUUCUCAGCAAACACUGUAUGACAGCGUGUACCUGACUUUAUACAACAUCUGUUUUACUUCUCUACCUGUUCUUACAUACAGUCUUUUGGAACAACAUAUAGACCCUUAUAUAUUACAGAGCAAGCCCACCCUCUAUCGGGAUAUUAGUAAAAAUCAUCUCUUAAGCAUUAAAACAUUUCUUUAUUGGACCGUCCUGGGUUUCAGUCAUGCCUUUAUUUUCUUUUUUGGAUCCUAUUUUCUAAUGGGGAAAGAUAUAUCUCUGCUCGGAAAUGGCCAGAUGUUUGGAAACUGGACAUUUGGUACUUUAGUCUUCACAGUCAUGGUUAUUACAGUCACUGUAAAGAUGGCUUUGGAAACUCAUUUCUGGACUUGGAUCAACCAUCUUGUUACCUGGGGCUCUAUUAUAUUUUAUUUUAUAUUUUCUUUGUUUUAUGGUGGGAUUCUCUGGCCUUUUUUGGGCUCCCAGAAUAUGUACUUUAUAUUUAUUCAGCUCUUGUCAAGUGGGUCCACUUGGUUUGCCAUAAUCCUUAUGGUCGUUACUUGUCUGUUUCUUGAUGUUGUGAAGAAGGUAUUUGACCGACAUCUCCAUCCUACAAGUACUGAAAAGGCACAGCUUACUGAACCAAAUUCAAGUCUCAAGUGCUUGGACUCCAUGUGCUGCUUCCCAGGAGAGACGCUGUGCACAUCUGUUGGAAGAAUGUUGGAACGAGUUCUAGGAAGGUGCAGUCCCACCCACAUCAGCAGAUCGUGGAGUGCAUCGGAUCCUUUCUAUACCAACGACAGAAGCAUCUUGACUCUCUCCACAAUGGACUCAUCUGCUUGUUAAAGGGGCAGUAGGACUUUGUGGGAGCAAGUUCACCUGUCCUCAGAUUCAGGGUCAUAAUCCUGUAAAGGGCCACACUGGCUCUAAAGUUACUUUCUGAAAUCUCGGGGGGAGUUCAGACCCUCUCAGAGUUCCAUGGGAAACAGAGAGUUACAUGAACCUCUUCUCCUUUCUCCUUAAUUUGAAUCUGAAGAUGUUAAAAUUUCUGAAUAAAGAGAUACUUGAAUCUCUUCGGGUUGUCCCAUUUACUUAUGGGACUCCUGAUGGCAUUGCAGCUGAUCAGUGUGGCCACUGCAUUUUAAU